GGCCGCCAACCCGGCCCCGCCCGUGCAGAGGACCGGGGCGCCGGGUGGGCCGCGGGCCCGGGAGGCGGCGGGGCGCCCCAAGGAAGGGCCGGAUCGCGCCGAUAACACGGGCGCCCCGGGCUGCAGGCUCAGGCUUCGGGCCGAUUCGGGGACCCCGGGCCGCGGGGACACCGGCGGGGCUUUCGGGUGUCCCAGCCCCUCCCCUUUCGUCCCACGUCGUGGGAGGAGAGCGAGUCCUUUGAGCAGAGUUUAUUAAAGUGGGGUCCGUGGGCGGAUCCCCGACCCCAUCUGACUUUCUGAACCAGACUCUGUGUUGUGGCCUGGGAAUCUGAAUAUACAUCAAGCGUCUCUGAUGGUUUUGAUGCCAAGGUGGUCACAGAACCGCACUUUGGGGGCACUUCCUCAGAGGGCAGGGCAUUUCCGACACAGCAGGGAGUCUAAGUGGGUGCAUUGAGGAUGGGCCAUUGACUGGCCUUGAAAUGGUGUUGGAUGGUCCUCUGCCUUAGGAGAAACUGAGGCAGGGGUAUCUCUUAAAUCCUUGCACUAGGGUGCUGCUAUGUUCCUGUUGCCACCACUGGAGUCUUCAGAUGGACAGAUGCUUAAGGUGGACCAGGACCACCAUUAUUUUGCAGUUUCUGAAAGCGUUUCAAAGCAAAAAUUUAGGUGUUGAUGGGAGCAAUGGAAGGUCACAAGGCAGAAGAAAAGGUGGUAGAUAUUCUUCGACUGAAUGUGGGUGGCUGUAUUUACACAGCCAGACGUGAGUCCUUGUGCCGCUUUAAAGACUCCAUGCUGGCAUCCAUGUUCAGUGGUCGUUUUCCUCUAAAAACAGACGAAUCAGGGGCUUGUGUUAUUGACCGUGAUGGACAUCUAUUUAAAUAUCUCUUGGAUUAUCUUCAUGGAGAAGUUCACAUUCCCACAGAUGAGCAAACCCGUGUUGCUCUGCAGGAAGAGGCUGAUUAUUUUGGCAUCCCGUAUCCAUACAGCCUGUCUGACCACUUGGCCAAUGAAAUGGAGACAUAUUCUUUAAGGUCAAAUAUAGAACUUAAAAAGGCUUUAACAGACUUCUGUGAUUCAUAUGGUUUAGUUUGCAAUAAGCCAACAGUUUGGGUUCUCCACUAUCUUAACACAUCUGGUGCAAGCUGUGAGAGUAGAAUUAUUGGUGUAUAUUCCACAAAAACUGAUGGAACAGAUGCUAUUGAUAAGCAGCUGGGAGGAAGAAUUCACAGUAAAAGCAUUUUUAAAAGAGAGGCGGGGAAUAAUGUUCAGUACAUUUGGAGCUAUUAUUCAGUAGCUGAAUUGAAGAAAAUGAUGGAUGCCUUUGAUGCCUGGGAAGGAAAAGGUGUUAGCUACUGGCGGGUGCCUCAUGAGCUGAUAGAAUGUUGGACUCUGGAAGAGCGGCCUUUACUUGGAAGCCUGCGUCACAUGGCCCCAAUUCGAAAGAGGCGACUGAUAGCUUUCAAUGAAGAAGAAGAAGAAGAAGUGAACUGUAAGACUGGUCCUAAACCAGUCCGAUUUCUGGGCCCUUCCACCAGCACCCAAAUUAAAGUCAAGAACUCGGCGUCGGUCCGAGUGUCUCCGGCCAGCGCCCUCCACUCUUCAGGCGGAAAGGCAGCGCAGCGUUCUGCGUCGCCAAAGGCACCGUCGUCGGUGGGCACCGUGCUGCCAGGCCAGCCCCAGGCUUCCCGUGGGGCCAGGAGCGCUGCUGAAAACGGAGCCGCACACCCACCUCCGGCCAAGGUCCUGCUCUCAGACAAGAAAGCCACCCCGCCGCGAGUGAUAAAACUGAAGAGAACUCCACUGUGCGCCGCCGGGCCUUCCCCGCCAGCCGGGGGAGCACAGCGACCCGCGGAAUCCCCAGCACCGCCCCCGGAAGACCCUGACGCGCACGCGCGGACUGAAAACGGGCGGGGCCAGGCUGAUUGACAGAAAAGUGGGUUCCUGACCUCCAGCUCGCCUCUCGGAGCGCCCGACCCGUGUGGUGCAAAUAAGUGGCGCUGUUCUUGGUGCAGUAGAGGUGAAAGCUUAUGCUGGUCUUUAGGAUCGUUAUGGGAAAAAUGAAGUGAGUCAAGUAGGAAUGGAGGAAGGAAGCUUUAAGUGGUUGAGCCUAUCAUUACUUUUCAUUUUCCUUACUUUGACAUGGUUUGUCUACUGAUAGUUUGAAUUUCAGGGUGGUUUUGUUGGGUUUUGGGGGUUUUUUUUUUGGUGGUUAAUCCGUAUUAAGGCAACAAAACAGCACAGUACAAUAAAACAGUACAGCAGAACCAUCACUAGAGAAGUCUACUUUGUUGCUGAGUAAUUACAGACUUUAGGCUCUUUUGUAAUGUUACUCAUUGCUGCCCAGGGCCAAGAGUGGGAUUAGUAUUACCGUCUGCUGAAACAGAAUAAGAGAGGGUGGCGUUAAUGCUUCCAUGCGCUGUAUCCCAGCCAAGAGAGAUUUGAGAGAAAAUGUGCACCAAGGUGAACCCCCCCACAGGUUACUUUCAGUCUCAAAAGCCGUCAUGAAAAGAUAUGAGGAGGAAAAAAAGAGUAAUUGAAGAUCACACUUUGACUCAAAGUAUUUUCUUUCCUAGAUUGGUUUUUUUCUUUGUCUUUUCUGGUAGCAGAUUUAUUUAUA